AUGGCUUUUCCAAGAUCCAUGUGGCUGAACUGCAUGUGCAGAGCAAUGCUGGUUCGCCUGUUGCACAUGGGAUUGGACGCCACAUUCACUCUUUGUGUGCUUGGAUUCUUGCUUCACGCUGCCGCUGUGUCAUCACAGAAAUUGGAUGAUAGCGACCCGGUGGUGACCACCAACUUUGGAAAAAUCAGAGGGAUGAAGAAGGAAUUGAACAAUGAAAUCUUGGGGCCUGUCAUUCAGUUUCUUGGGGUUCCUUAUGCAGCUGCCCCGGUUGGGGAGCGUCGAUUUCAACCUCCUGAACCACCGUCUCCCUGGCCAGACAUCAAAAACGCGACACAGUUUGCACCAGUAUGUCCCCAGAACAUUAUAGAGGGCAGACUGCCUGAAGUCAUGCUUCCUGUCUGGUUUACUAAUAACUUGGAUAUAGUUUCUACCUACGUACAAGAUCAAAAUGAAGACUGCCUCUAUCUGAAUAUAUAUGUCCCAACUGAAGAUGUCAAAAGAAUAUCCAAGGAAUGUGCCAGGAAACCCGGCAAGAAAAUAUGUAGAAAAGGAGGUCCCCUAACAAAGAAACAGACAGAUGAUUUAGGUGAUAAUGAAGGUGCGGAGGAUGAAGAUAUUCGAGAUAGUGGGGGGCCCAAACCAGUGAUGGUGUAUAUUCAUGGAGGGUCCUACAUGGAAGGCACUGGAAAUUUGUAUGAUGGCAGCGUGCUGGCCAGUUAUGGCAAUGUGAUAGUCAUCACCGUCAACUAUCGGCUUGGGGUACUUGGUUUCUUGAGCACUGGAGACCAAGCAGCUAAAGGAAACUAUGGCCUCCUUGAUCUCAUUCAGGCCUUGAGGUGGACUAGUGAGAACAUUGGGUUCUUUGGGGGCGACCCGCUGAGAAUAACUGUAUUUGGAUCUGGCGCCGGUGGUUCAUGUGUCAAUCUCUUGACUUUAUCCCAUUACUCUGAAGGACUUUUUCAAAGGGCAAUUGCUCAGAGUGGAACCGCGCUCUCCAGCUGGGCAGUCAGUUUUCAGCCUGCAAAAUACGCCAGGAUGUUGGCUACAAAAGUGGGCUGCAAUGUGUCGGACACGGUCGAAUUGGUGGAAUGUCUGCAGAAGAAGCCGUAUAGAGAACUUGUCGAUCAGGAUAUUCAGCCGGCACGAUACCACAUCGCCUUUGGCCCAGUCAUUGACGGGGAUGUGAUACCGGACGACCCUCAGAUACUGAUGGAGCAAGGAGAGUUCCUCAACUACGACAUAAUGUUGGGAGUGAACCAAGGAGAAGGGCUGAAAUUUGUUGAAAACAUAGUUGACAGUGAAGAUGGCAUAUCUGCUAGUGACUUUGACUUUGCUGUUUCAAACUUUGUUGACAACUUAUACGGAUACCCUGAGGGCAAAGAUAUCCUGAGAGAAACAAUCAAGUUUAUGUACACAGACUGGGCAGAUAGACAUAAUCCUGAGACAAGAAGGAAAACUCUGUUGGCUUUGUUCACUGAUCAUCAGUGGGUUGCACCCGCAGUGGCUACAGCUGAUCUUCAUUCCAAUUUUGGAUCACCCACGUAUUUUUAUGCCUUCUACCAUCAUUGCCAAACUGAUCAGGUUCCUGCAUGGGCAGAUGCUGCUCACGGGGAUGAGGUUCCUUAUGUAUUAGGUAUCCCAAUGAUUGGUCCUACUGAAUUGUUUCCUUGCAACUUUUCUAAAAAUGACGUCAUGCUAAGUGCAGUGGUGAUGACAUACUGGACAAACUUUGCAAAAACUGGGGAUCCAAAUCAGCCAGUCCCACAGGAUACUAAAUUUAUUCACACAAAACCCAAUCGCUUUGAGGAGGUAGCAUGGACCAGAUACUCUCAGAAAGAUCAACUUUACCUUCACAUUGGAUUAAAACCACGAGUAAAAGAACACUAUAGAGCCAACAAGGUGAACCUGUGGUUGGAACUGGUACCUCACCUGCACAAUCUUAAUGACAUUUCACAGUAUACCUCUACAACAACUAAAGUGCCAUCAACUGAUAUUACUUUCAGGCCAACCCGGAAAAAUUUGGUACCUGUAACAUCAGCCUUUCCUACAGCCAAGCAAGACGAUCCCAAACAACCACCAAGCCUAAUUUCAGGAGAUCAAAGAGACUAUUCCACUGAGUUGAGUGUAACUAUCGCUGUUGGAGCAUCUUUGCUGUUCCUCAACAUUUUGGCCUUUGCAGCACUCUAUUACAAAAAGGACAAGAGGAGACACGACGUCCACCGGAGAUGCAGCCCACAGCGUACGACUACCAAUGAUCUUACCCAUGCACAAGAAGAGGAAAUAAUGUCCCUCCAGAUGAAGCACACUGACUUGGGUCAUGAAUGUGAAUCCAUCCAUCCCCAUGAGGUGGUUCUUAGGACCGCCUGUCCCCCAGACUACACACUAGCUAUGAGACGGUCACCCGAUGAUAUUCCGUUAAUGACCCCCAACACCAUUACAAUGAUUCCCAACACUAUACCUGGGAUUCAGCCCCUUCACACAUUUAACACGUUUACUGGUGGACAGAAUAGCACUCUGCCCCAUCCUCACCCCCACCCACACCCCCACCCCCAUUCACAUUCGACAACUAGGGUAUAG